AACGCGCAGCGGCGCUUGUCCCUCUCGGCGACCCGUCGGCAGCGAUGCAGUUGCCAUAGUGACCUCCCUCGAGCUCUCUCUCCCCGCCCGUUGCUCGGCUGCUGGGCGGCUUCGUCCCGAUCCCGCGCAGUUCGGAGGUCGGGACGCACCCCGAGCCGCCAGCGGUGCCCCGCUGGAGGAUGGAAAGCGAGGGCGACAGUUGUUCGUGGGGAAGGAGAGAAGACCCUGAGGUCGUCCACGAGGGUUCAAGUCCAGGUUGCCGGAAUGCCUCGUCCAGGUGGCGUGCGGACACCAGCACUGCGCCUUCCCGCUGAAUCGCAACGAGCUGUGCGUCUGCAAUACAGCUGGCAGCCCUGCUGCACAGGGUUAACACCUCAAGGAAUUAUUAUUGGAACUCUUCUGAGAUUGGUUCUUCAUGUAAGAUUUAGUCCAGAUGAUCAACAGGUGGCAGUAUGUGCUGGAAAUCGAAUCUACAUGUUAAGUGCAAAGAAUGAAGCCAUAGAAGUUAAACUGAAUGGCCACCUGGCUCCAGUGACUGCUGCUGAGUUUUGCACGUGGGAGAAAAAUAUGCUUCUAUUGGUGUCUGAAGACAGAAGCUUCAAGGUAUGGGACUAUUCUACUGGACUGUUAAUGUAUCAGUCAGGGAUAUUAACAGAAUUUCCUUUGCUAAGUCUACUAAUUGACGACGAAAAGAGACAGAUCAUCACUGGAUGUGCUGAAGGACAGCUUUGGAUCUUCAGUUUAAGCAGUGAUCAUAGUUACCGUUGUGUGGCACAUACGGACUUAAAGAAAGAGCAAGAGAAAUUCUAUAAUAAAAUCUGGAAAUCUGAAGAAGAAUUAGGUGAAAGGCAAAAUGCUUCUGAGCUUUGCAAAACAAACAGCAUGAAACCAGAGGGGUCAGUGGAAGCAUCAUUUCCUGUUCUCCUAAUUGAACACUGUGACUAUUCAGUAUGUUUCCACAAUGAAGAAAAUAUGGAAAAGAGAUGUUCCAGCGGGCUGUAGGCUUUGCACAGUUUUAUUUUAUGGAUACAUUUAUAUUGCUGUGCUGUGGAGCUGAAUUUCAUCUAUGAAGUUUCCAUCUAGAUGCGGCGAAGGAUGACCUAAAACG